UUUGUACGUGGAGGCUCUUUCGAGGAGCAAUUCGACUGGACUAGCAAUGUCACAAGUGACCCCGCAGAACCCAAUGCACUAACGAGGCUGGGCCCUGAUUCACCAGAAACAUCUGCUGGUAGCCCUGAAGCAAUGACCACACUCCCUCUAAGAGUCGAUCUAGUGGAUCCAAGCAAUGAAUUUCUGUUGACUUACUUCUCCCACAAUAUUGCACCUCAAAUGGUGGUUAUGGAUGACAAGUACAAUGGAUGGCGGUACUUGAUUCUGCCCUUUGCGUUCUCCGACAAAAUGGUUAUGGAUGCGGUGUUGGCUGUAUCAGCUUUCCAUCUCUCUCACAAGACCGGAGGGACGCUCCCUGUCAGACCGGAUAAGCUCUAUGCAAAGGCAAUCUUAGGCCUACAAAAUAGAAGCUCUUUGGAUGAGUACGACAUGCUCACGAGGCAGUCUAUAUUCGUUGCAAUCAUUACACUGCUGGUAGGGGUCAUGGUCAACGGAUCUUCGGAUUUCCCUAUCCUGUUUCACAUGUUGCAAUCUGCUCUCGAUGCGGUCGGGGGAGACGGCGGGCUUGGGAACGGUGACAUGGCCAAUUUUCUGCUGCGGCAAAUACGCAAGUUUCGUGUCUAUGCUGCACCACUGCUGAGUGAGGAGGCUGGUGUACGUAGCAUUGUUGCCCAUGCCCAAGAGAGCUUUGACUGCCUGCACUACAACGGCAACCUCCACCCCGACCAUGCAGUCACCUUUUAUCUGCAUGCACAUCUUCGACAGCAAGCAUAUGACAUAUAUCUCGAGCGCGCACUAAUAGGGCCUCACGGUACAUUAGACCCUGAUAAGAUAGAGCGAUUCAAGGAAACACUAGGGUUGUUCCCGGAGGGAUCAUUAGGGGAACAUUCCCUUGUGUGGCCCACGUUCAUUGCUGCAUCAGAGAGCUUGAAGGAUGAGCAUCGGCUAUAUUUCAAGCAGUUCUUGGAAAAGCAAUUUCACCGUAAUGGGUUCCUUAAUCUGCAGCAAGCUCUCAAGCUUCUUGAAAAGAUAUGGACGAGAGGCAGUUAUACAAAUUGGCCCACACUUCUCCCAGAACCACGAGUGUUUAUUAUGUAGCAAUUCUAUUAUAGACAAAAACAGCAUUGUACGAUCAAGGCCCUCUGCGAAUGGAUUUCCGGAUUAUAAGUUAUACAUACAAGACCACCAAUGCGAUGUUCCAGUUAACUGACAACAAAACAAGAGCGGGUUUACAGUCGUAAGUGAGAUCUGAGCUAGAGACUAUCCAUAACAAACCGCCACCUGUGUAUAGUUCACCGUCUCUUACACGCCUUCUUCACUGCAACUGUCAAGCCGUCAAGCCGUCAAGCAAACUGCAAUUGAUUCCGUGUCCCAAGCAAAGAACGCUCCAUUGGAGUUGUUUUCAACAUUAACCAGGCCCGUGCCUCAG